GUGAGCCCUCUGCUGACGGGAGGAACACUCUGCUCCCAGGUCAGGGAAACAUGUCCCGUCGGAAACAGACCACUCCUAACAAAGUUCACUGAGCCAUCAGGACCAGCAAGUAGGACUACAAGAAAAUAAAGGGACCGAAAGAUACCAGAAACAUGUCAAUGGUGAUGUCUCCUCCUUGGGAUGGAAAAUCUUGUCUGUCUUGUGAUGAACACCACGAAAUCGUUGGGACUUCUCUGUCUACCUAGCCUGCUGUGUGUCUGGAGGGCCCAGAAAUGCCGUGCAGUGCCCUGACGAGGAUAAUCGGAGAGAGCAUCGGCUCCAAGAACGGGGUGAGCCAGCAGAAUGAGGAGUCAGGCUGAGACAUAGCAGACACGUUACUGGGACUUCUUCACAGGGACUGCAGUGGUUGGGAGGACAGGAAUGAAAGGGACAGCAGGUAUGCAGCUUUUUACACAGUUGUCUGCAGCUGGGGUCUGAUUUGGCAGGCUCUGGGGCUGGGGAAGUGCUUUUUGGAUUUGCAUAAAUACAACUGUGAAUAUCUGACUGGACAAAUUUAAUGGGAGGAUGGUGCCUACUUCUUCCUUGCAUGGCUACUCCAUGUUCUCUUCUUGGACUCACCAGGGCAAGUGACAGCUGCAGAUCUCCUCUCCCUGGCUUGCUUGGUGCUUCCUCUUUCCAGGGUUACUUUCCAGGCUUGGCAUGGCCCUCAUUUCACCUUGCUCUCACAACAACAUGGUUUGCUGUCCUCACUUAGCACAGAAAUGUUUUGUUUGGCAUGCGGAGUGACUGGCUAGGAGACUGUGAUACAAGGCAAAAGAGUUUUAAAUGGAAGUUGAUGUGUAAGGAAAUUCAAAGUAAUACUGAAGCAAUGGUAAAACAAUUAUAAAAAUUACUAUUAUCACAAAAGUCUCAUUGUGCAUGGUGGCCAGUGCUGCAGUUUUAAUUGUAGUCAUUUCCCCUGCAGCACGUAAUGGCUCUUGAUAAUUUAAUUUUGUUUUGCCAUGGGCUGCAUGAAAAACACACCUGAAAAAGUACUAAAAAAGAGAACAGUAACAGUGGAAUAUAUUUACUGAAAAAUACAAUACAGUUAGGUUGUUUCUGUGGAGAUGCCUUAAUUGAUUCAAUUUGGUCUUUAUUGUCUCCCAGAGUCUGAAGUAGAAAAGUAUGAAAACUCUCUAAGCAAUUCAUCUGCUCUUGCAUUCAAGCCCAUCUGUUGCUGCACUGUCACCCCAUCACUCGUGGACCACUCGCUGUCUUUGCGCUUGCCAAAAUUGCUGCAGGUGUUAUUGUGCACUUCUCUCUCCCUGCCAUCCAUGAGCUGCUUUGCUUUCUAUUGCUUGUGCCCUCUGCAACUGAUGCUUAUUUUAGAACUCUGGAGAACAGCUUCUGUUAGUCAGAUUAAUUCCUGCUUCCGAGCUCUAUUUAUCAUGGUCCUAAUAUCCCAUUAAUCCUCUAUUUGCUUCCCUCUCUCUCUGACACACACAUAUUCUGUGCUCUUUGGUGUUCCUUGGAUUCUGCUGUCUAUAAUAUUCCCAGUUUGAAGAGGGAGUAUCUUGCAAGAAAUAGCACCCAGCAUUCUCAACCAAGCAGAAAUGUUACUUGCAUCAAAACCCUUGGUUCUGAAGGGCUCCGUGGGCUGCCAUUGUUAACCCUUUCAAUUGUGUUGUUUUUCAUUUCAGUAACCACUACAGCAGUGUGGACAACCCAGAAUAGCCAUGGGGCAGGUGGAAUAGAUCCACAGUGGUGGAAAGACUUGCAAAUUUCAGGUCCAGGAACACAGAGAAGACCUACACGAACAGGGAUUUUAAAUUGGUGUACGAGGGGGGAAUAAAGUGACUCAUCUCUGAGAGACCUUUCUGUUUAGGAAGGAAGGCAGGGGAAUGAUGCAGUUCCUUUGGAUUUUGUUUGUGGAUUUUGGGGUGGGAGUUGUUUGUUGUAUGUUAUUUUCCAGAACACCUGAGAGUUAUCCUACAUUCAUACAGUUGGAGAAGGGAAGGGCUCAGGGCUGAUAACCCAGCAGACCCUAACAGUCAUGCCUAUCUCUGUUGCUCAGUACCACAGGGCUGUCCCCUACCUCCACCGCUGCUCACCUGGUAUCCCACUCAUUCACAGGAGUAUGGAGAGGAGAAUGGAAUACAAAGCAGAGGCAUUUGUGUGAUCUCUCAUCUCUAGCUGCUUGCUGCUGCUCAGUGGGAAUGUAAUCUGUCUGGAAGGGAAGAAAACACACACAACUGCUUCCACGAGCAGCUGCAGUGGCGUUUGGGAAUCCCAUUUUGGAACUCUGUCACAGGUAGCACAUCUCCCACCGUAGUUUUAUAUCUGUCCUGCAUUCUGCAGGUUUCCUCAUUUCACCAUGCUUUCUCUUUCUCCUGCAAUGCUUUUUUGGUCUCUGGGCUUUUAUCCUGGUGGUUUGUGGGUAUCUGCUUCUUGGAGAGGCUCUGGGAUUCUGUGUGUCUGCUGCUCAUACAGUCUGUAUCUCAGUCCUACCAACAUGAAGCUGUGAUCCAGACAUAAAAACACAACUCCAGGUCAUGAAAACCAUUCGGUGCUGGAAUGGCUUCUGAAGGGGCUACGUGUAUCACAGCAGUCAUGACAGUACCUGUUGCUUUCAGUGUCAAAUAGACUUGGGGUGCUUCUCAGCACCUCUUCUCACAUGCAUGGAUUGUGUUCUCAAGUUGUCUCUACAGAAACCUUUCUCACAUUUCUAAACAGAAUGAUAAAAGCCUUCAAAUGCUUUUGGAAACCUCCAUGGGGACAUUGGGAACUAAAACUCUUCUCCCACAGUCUCUAUGAAACUUCUGAAGGUCUUUGAAAUCUUCUCUAAAUUAUGGCUUUUUAAAGCCCUGCCAAAAUGGUGAGGUAAGCCCCAGGAAAGGCAGGGAGUGGGAACACAGAGCAACACUGACUGGAAGAGUUCAGCAUGUGAGAAUGUGCCUGUCCUUGUAACAGGACUGGUGCUCUCUCGAGAAUUCAGUUCCCUGGUUAUACUGAUGCCAGCUGUGGCCCAGUACUAAAAAGUAGCAUUUUCUUCUGAAAGCUGUGUUUUGAUUUUAUUUGAAAAAUGCGCUGCAUCUUCCUUGGCAUUUUUGCAUUUGUGCUUUGAGUGGUCCUUAAGCACUUAAAAAUCAGUUGAUAAGUGCAACCCAAAAGCCAGCCUGCUGGGAACUUCAGCAUCUUUGCCAGGCCUCCCAGCUCAUCCACUGAAGAAGGUAAAUCACAACUACACCUGGAACAAAGUAAUUUGUUUGCUUGCAUAUGAAAUUAAUGGUUACCUUUUAUUAUUCUCUGGAACCGAAGUUAUCUCGAGUAGGAAUUGCUGAAAGUUUUCUUUCAGAGAAGAACAAAUAACUGCUUUCUUAAAAGGUGUUUGCCAUUUCCUGUUGAGCUGAGAUACUAGCGGUCAGUGCUUUCAACAGAACAGGCUGUUUUAUCCUAAACGUGCAUCUCAGCUCUCAGGGUUCCUUCCCUUGGGUUGCUGUUUUGAGCACAUGAAGUGCCACUGAGAUUUUACUUUAGCAAGAGCCAUUUCUGGGCAAGGCAAGGUAGUGGAGGAAGUCAUCCAUCAUAUGCGCAGGAGAACAUCAGCUCCAAGCACAAACACCUUCUACAAGGACAGCUUGUCCUUAUCCCUCCUGGAACAGAAGGAGGUGACAGAGCAUGCCAAGAACAGCCCCUAGUUUUGGUAUUACUGGGGAGGGCAGGUGAUGUACCAGACCCUUAGGGAGGCUGUAUUUUUGUGCAAGAUGCCUGUUAUAGCAGGGAAUAGGACUUAAUGAUUUAGAAGAGCUAGACAGUAUUAUCCCUGAUCUGGGAUACUGUCAUAGUCCCCAGGGGCUUUCCCCAGCCUAGAGCUGUGCUGUAGGAUAUUGGUGGAUAACUUGUCAGCAAAAGCCACCUGGCUAUCUAAGGCAGGCAUAUGGGUCUCACAGGUUUUUUGUGGCCAGAGCAGCAUAUACAGCAUAUGCAGGGGGCAGGCCAAUGCAGGACAUUGCCCUAGUGAGACUGUUCUACACCCAGGCACUGGACUUGCACCAGCAGGUGCCAGAGGCUGGUGUGGCAGGGUAGGCAGAGAAGUGACCUAAGUGCUUUCCAAGAGGUGACUCCAGAGGUUCUGCACAGUGCAGGUGAGCAGCCCUAUGCCUGUUGCGUUUUUGGCAAGCUGUGGGGGUUAACACGAUGGAACAGCACUGGUCUGACUCUUUGUCCUUGUGGCUGCCAGGGGAGCAAGUCUUUGCAGGGCUGGAGGAGCAAGCCCGCCAAGCCAUGAUGAAAAGCAACUUUCCUGGAGCUCUUGGGGACCAGAGGCCAGCCAUCCGUCCGCUGCAAGACCCCGACUCCAGCAGCAGUGGCAGUGAUGAUGAGGAAACCACCCAGGAUGAAGUUUCUUCCCAUACAUCCGAGGAGGAUGGCUCAAUGGUGAAAGUGAAGAAGGAAUUGGAGAAUGCAGAACGACCCAUGGCUGGAACACCACUGAUGAGAGAAAACGAGGUGCCCGAGAGUUUGAACACUGACCCCAUGCUGGGACUGUCACAGUGCCCCCUCUGCCAGCUGGAGUGUGGGAGCAGAGAGCAGCUUAUUGCUCAUGUGUACCAGCACACUGCAGCAGUGGUGAGUGCCAAGAGCUACCUGUGUCCUGUGUGUGGCAGAGCCCUCAGCUCACCAGGGUCCCUUGGGAGGCACCUCCUGAUCCACUCGGAGGACCAGCUGUCCAACUGUGCAGUGUGUGGAGCACGCUUCACCAGCCACGCCACCUUCAACAGUGAGAAGCUGCCGGAUGUGCUCAGUGCAGAUCGGCUGCCGGCGCCGCAGAGCCAGGGCCCCUCCGGAGCCGAGGGGAAGGACGUUUCCUUUCGCACCCCCGUGUACCCCGCGGGCAUCCUCCUGGUGUGCAACAACUGCGCCGCGUACCGCAAGCUGCUGGAGGCGCAGAGCCCCAGCAUGCGCAAGUGGGCCCUGCGGCGGCAGAACGAGCCCCUGGAGGUGCGGCUGCAGCGCCUGGAGCGGGAGCGCACGGCCAAGAAGAGCCGGCGGGACAACGAGACGCCCGAGGAGCGGGAAGUGAGGCGCAUGCGGGACCGGGAAGCCAAGCGGCUGCAGCGCAUGCAGGAGACAGACGAGCAGCGGGCGCGGCGGCUGCAGCGGGACCGGGAGGCCAUGCGCCUGAAACGCGCCAACGAGACCCCUGAGAAGCGACAGGCCCGGCUCAUCCGGGAGCGCGAGGCCAAGAGGCUCAAGCGGCGCCUGGAGAAAAUGGACAUGAUGCUCCGGGCACAGUUUGGCCAGGACCCCUCUGCCAUGGCUGCUUUGGCAGCUGAGAUGAACUUUUUCCAGCUACCAGUGAGCAAUGUGGAGCUGGAGAGCCAGCUGCUGGGCAAAAUGACCUUUGAGGAGCAGAGCAACAGUGCGCUGCAGUAAACCACAGCCACGAAUGGUGCUGCCUCUGCUGUGCCUGCCCCAGGUGCACUAGCAGGCUUCUGCACUCAGGAGGCUGCUGGGGGUCUCUCUCUGACCUUCCCUGACGGGUGGUUCUGGUUCUCCUCUGAACCCAGGAGGAGAACAGAGCUGAGAGAUGUCUGCCAAAGCAGCUCUGGUAGGAGCAGAUUCUGAGUAUACAGUCUGCUCUGGGGGCCAAGUCACAGCCUGUGACAGAAGGAAAAUAAAUUAAUGUUCACAUUUA